AUGCGCAAGCCCUCCCAGGAACCCUCCCCCUCCUCUGCCUCCACCUCCUCAUCGGAAUCGACAUCGCCCUCCCAGAAGCUAAAGAAGUUCGUCCGCUUCCUGGACAGAGUCGAGAUAUUCCCCGCGCCAGUGGCGUUCUAUAUGCCCUCGGACGACCAACCGUCGUCAAACCCAGCCAAGAAACAGAAGCUCUCGCGCAAUUCAUCGCGGCGCAGCUUCCACGAUGACGACGACUUAGGUCCGGAGCUGGACGCGGGCAUAGCCUCGGGCCUGGGCUGGGCCGGCAGUCCCAACCGCAGCCCCAACCGCAGCCCCAACAUAUCCACAGCGGAUGUCACCACCACCACCAGCAGCAGCACGCACGAGAAAGCAUCAGGGUACCUGACGCCUCCACGCACAGACAUGCACUCGUCGCCUCCCUCGUCGCCGCCGCCAUCGUGGCGGAUCCCACCAGAGUCCCUGUUCGGACGUCAGCCGACAGUGCGAUCACCGCCGCGGGUGCGCUCACCCAGCCGCGCAGACGAGGAGGUGGACCUGCGGGUGAACGAGCACGAGCCCUCAAACGGUGGUGGCGAUGACUCCUCGGAGGACGAGGAGGCCGUGACUCAUCCGGUCAUCGCACGCAAGAUGUGGCCGCAUGGUGAGGUCCGCUUCGAGGAUCAGUGGGGGAGGCGUCUCAUCCCCCUGGAGCAUAGGGAUAGCUUUAGGUUCGAUUUGUGGCCGGUCGAGGAGGAUGUCGAUAGAGAGGGUGAUGGUGAUGGGCGCAGUGUUAGGGGCGCUUGGGUCAAGGGGGGGAGGUACAGGGAGGCGCCUAUGGGCGCGAGGUUGUUUGAGCAGCGGUGA